AUAAAAAACAAAAAUCUCUAUCUCAUGCAUGGACUGCUGUUCACCUACCAUUGUAACAGCUUCGAUCCAAAUAUAAAAAGAAACAACUCAUGUAGAAUCAAAGUGAAUAUUAUUAAUAUUGUUGUAUUAAUGUCUUCUUCUAAAAGCUUCAAAAGAAGAUGAGGGUUUUUGUUUCUUCUGAGUUUUCUCAUGAGAUGGCUGUUUUGGAAUGAAUGAGGUGGUUGUUAUAUAAGCUUGGAUGGUGCCGCAGUUAAUCAUUGCUAUCAACUGAAGUUAAUUUGUAUGGAUAUCUGGUUUUGCUUUUUCUGUUUCUCUUUCGCUGGUUCUUCCCUUCUUCUUUUGCUUUUCUUUCUUUGUUCAGUCAAAAGGGAAGUUGGAAGUAACAGGAGGUACUGUUUUCUGCCAGGAAACAUGAACAUCAUCUUGCACAACCUAAUGGAGAGGCUAAGAUCCCUUGUUGGUUUGAAAGGUUGGGAUUAUUGUGUUCUGUGGAAAUUGAGUGAAGACCAGAGGUUUAUUGAAUGGAUGGAUUGUUGCUGUGCUGGGACUAACAACACCCCAAAUGCCGGAGAAUUUCUUUUUCCUGUUUCUCCCGUCCUUCCAUGUAGGGAUACCAUUUAUCCGCAUCCAAGAACGAAAUCUUGUGACCUUUUAGCUCAAUUGCCUUCUUCCAUGCCCCUCGACCCUGGAGUUUAUGCACAAACCUUGAUAUCAAGCCAGCCCAGUUGGCUAAACUUCUCAAAUAAUACAGAAUCAAGUGUCCUAAAGGAAAGCAUUGGUACUAAGGUUUUGAUUCCAUUGGCAGGAGGAGUUAUUGAACUGUUUGCUAAUAAACAAGUUGCUGAAGAUCAGCAUGUCAUUGAUCUUAUCACUGCACAAUGCAACAUUUCACUGGAGGAGGAGGCCCUCAUCAAUUCGAGCAACAUGGACACAAGCUUCACUCAUGUUGAUGUAAAUGCGAUGAGUGAGUUCCAAUCAAAGCUGCCAUUUCCAGGAGAUGAAAAUGAUCACAAGGAUCCCAACAAUCAUUUCCGGCCACCAGUUUCAUCCGCAACACCAUUACAAAAUCUAAGUAUGCCUUUCGACAUCUCUGUUGACCGAAUUCGCCUAUGUGAUUCUCCAACGAACUUCCUUCAGCAAUGCAAUUACACUACAGAAGACGGAACCAAAAAUGAGACGUGCCAUGAAGUAUCGCACAAUUCCUUCAUUUCUGACAAACCCAUCAACCCAUUUAAGUCUUCCUCUGAAAAUGGGCACCAAUUCGAGAUGGAUGUAUUACAACAGUCCAUGAUGACCAAUUCAUCUAACAUGCAUAUCCAGUUUAUGGAGCCAUUCUCACAGAAGGAGCAGCAGGGGAAUGACAAGGAUUCCUUAAAGCACGAGACAGGACGAACAGAUUCGAUAUCGGAUUGUAGUGAUCAGUUUGACGAUGAGGAUGAUGCAAAGCAUAGGCGAACAACUGGGAAGGGACCUCAGUCGAAAAACCUUGUUGCUGAAAGGAGAAGAAGAAAGAAGCUUAAUGAUAGGCUCUAUGCUCUUCGAGCGUUGGUCCCUAAGAUUUCUAAGUUGGAUAGGGCUUCUAUCCUGGGGGAUGCAAUUGAAUUUGUCGAGGAGUUGCAAAAGCAAGUGAAAGAUCUCCAAGAUGAGCUUGAAGAGAAUUCAGAUGAUGGAUUUAGAAACACAGGCACGAAUGCCAACCACCACAACGUCCAGCCAGAAAUUCUAAAUCAAAAUGCAAUCACUCUUGGCCCUAAAACUGAACAUGAUAAAGCUCCAAAUGGCAUUCAUCCGGGAGAAUCAGGCAUUAAUGGCAAUUUGACGAAACAAAAGCAGGACUCAGAAUUCUCAAAUGACACGACACAACAUGAGAUGGAGGUGCAAGUGGAGGUGGCUCAAAUAGAUGGGAAUAAGUUCUUUGUGAAGGUAUUCUGUGAGCACAAGACUGGGGGGUUUGUGAGAUUAAUGGAGGCAUUGAACUCACUGGGACUGGAAGUAACAAGUGCAAAUGUAACUAGCUUCAGAAACUUAGUGUGCAAUGCUUUCCAAGUUGAGAAAAGGGACAGUGAAAUGGUCGAGGCUGAUCAUGUGAGGGACUCCCUGCUUGAGCUAACGCGAACCCCAUCCAGAUCAGGGUGGCCCGAGAUGGCUAAAGCAUCAGAGAAUGGUGGUGGCAUGCAGGAUUAUCAUCAAAACCAGAACCACCUGCACGAUCACCAUGCUGCUUCCUUCCACCACCACGGCCUACACCAUCUUAAUUCAUAAUUAAAAUAUAAUUCCACAUAAAUGUGAAGCACUUCAUACUUUUUUUUAUAAUUUUCUUUCAAGCUUUGUAUGGCCUAAUUAUGAGAACAUUUUCUACUA